CCCACUCUUCCGGAAGACUCCAUUGACCAUCAUGGCGCUCGCAAGAAGUGUCUACAAUCUGCUCUUCAGAAGAACGUCAACUUUCGCCAUAACCAUUAUGGUGGGAGCUGUUGUUUUCGAGAGGGUGUUUGAUCAGGCUGGAGAUGCCGUGUUUGAAAACAUAAACCGGGGGAAACUCUGGAAACACAUUAAACACAAUUACGAACAGAAGGAUGAAGAAUAAUGAUGCCGUUUGGAAAGCAUUCGUUCUACAACCAUCCCGUUUCCUGAUGUGACCCCGUUGGAUGGUCCACUGGCUUUUUCAGCGUGUUUCAUCUUCCAGCUGGAUUGUCCUGGGGACACAGACAGAGACUGAUUACCGAACCAUGAUAAAAUGUCACUCGACCACCUGUUAUUGUGUGCUAUGUUGCAUACUUCACGAUUUGUAAAUGUGUUGCUAACUUAAUUCUGUAUGAAUAAACCUGACGAUCCAUAA